GUACUUCCGGAAUAGCCAGAAGCGGCCCGUUGCCACGGCAACCGUAUACACAGGCUGACAGCAGCGCUGCCGGUAUUCCGUAGCUGCUAAUGCAGAGGUCCGGCUGGGAGAGGGCUCCUGCCUCCCAAGCGUAGUGACUGAAGAUGGACCCACACAUGGAGAUUCAGCCACGCUCUGACUUCCAGCCAUGACCACCACCAUCACCAGUCACCAUUUCUUAAGCACCUGCUCUGUGCUUGGCACUGUUCUGGACUUAGCAGGGGGAUUCAAACGAGAUAAAAGGCACCAUCCAGUCCUUCAAGCAGCUUGUCAUUUAAUUUGGGAGCUGCAACUGUCUCAAAUGAUGCAGUCUAAGAACAGUAACAAGCAUUAUUUCACUAAAAUGGGUUCUAGGAAAAAAGUUCACGCGUUUGUCCGUGUCAGACCCACUGAUGACUUUGCUCAUGAAAUGAUCAAAUAUAGAGAUGACAACAAAACCAUUGAUAUUCACUUAAAAAAAGAUACUCGGAGGGGAGUUGUCAAUAACCAGCAGACAGACUGGUCAUUCAAACUGGACAGAGUUCUCCAUGAUGCCUCCCAGGACUUGGUUUACGAGACAGUCGCGAAGGAUGUGGUUUCUCAGGCCCUCAAUGGCUUUAACGGCACCAUCAUGUGUUAUGGGCAGACAGGAGCUGGCAAGACGUAUACUAUGACGGGGGCAACCGAGAAUUACAAGCACCGAGGGAUCCUCCCUCGUGCCCUACAGCAGGUUUUUAGGAUGAUUGAAGAACGUCCCACACAUGCCAUUACUGUGCGCGUUUCCUACCUGGAAAUCUAUAACGAGAGCCUGUUUGAUCUCCUGUCCACGCUGCCUUAUGUUGGACCCUCGGCCACACCUAUGACCAUCGUGGAGAAUCCUCAAGGGGUCUUCAUUAAGGGUUUGUCGGUCCACCUCACAAGUCAGGAGGAGGAUGCAUUCAGCCUCCUCUUUGAGGGAGAGACCAACAGGAUUAUAGCCUCCCACACAAUGAACAAGAACUCAUCCAGGUCACACUGCAUUUUCACCAUCUAUGUGGAGGCCCGUUCACGGACCUUAUCAGAUGAAAAGUAUGUCACUUCCAAAAUUAACUUGGUGGAUCUAGCAGGCUCGGAGAGGCUGGGGAAGUCUAGGUCUGAGGGCCGAGUCCUGAAGGAAGCCACCUACAUCAACAAGUCGCUGUCAUUCCUGGAGCAGGCCAUCAUUGCCCUUGGGGACCAGAAGCGAGACCACAUCCCCUUCCGGCAGUGCAAGCUCACCCACGCCCUCAAGGACUCAUUAGGGGGAAAUUGCAACAUGGUCCUCGUGACAAACAUCUAUGGAGAAGCUGCUCAGUUAGAAGAGACGUUGUCUUCACUGCGGUUCGCCAGCAGGAUGAAGCUGGUCACCACCGAGCCUGCCAUCAAUGAAAAGUAUGACGCUGAGAGAAUGGUCAAGAACCUGGAGAAGGAGCUAGCACUGCUCAAGCAGGAACUAGCCAUCCAUGACAGCCUGGCCAACCGUACCCUCGUGAACUAUGACCCUAUGGAUGAAAUCCAGAUUGCUGAGAUCAACUCCCAGGUGCGAAGGUACCUGGAGGGAACACUGGAAGAGAUUGACAUAAUCAACCUCAGACAGAUCCAGGAGGUGUUCAACCAGUUCCGGAUGGUGCUGAGCCAACAGGAACAGGAAGUGGAGUCCACUUUGCGCAGGAAGUACACCCUCAUAGACAAGAAUGACUAUGCAGCCAUCUCUGCUGUCCAGAAGGCAGGGCUCGUAGACGCUGACGGCCACCUAGUGGGCGAGCCUGACGGACAAGGCUUUGGACUUGGAGUCGCCCCUUUCUCUAUCAAACCCGGGAAGAAAUCCAAGUCCAAGAAGAUGUUUAAAGAGCAGCUCAGCUCCUCAGCAAGAAAGGAGGGUGCCAGCAGCCCUCUGAGUGGCAAGGACUUGGAUGUUUCCACCUCCAAGACCCAGAUGAUCCUGUCCUCCAAGGAUGGGGAUGUCAAAGACAUGCUUAUGCGGGACCGGGAGACCUCCAAUACUGAGCCCCUGGCCUCUGACUCCCCAAAGGAGGAAUUACGCCCACCCAGGCCCAGCACCCCACCCACCAAGCCUGUGGCCUUUGAGGACUUUAAGAAUGAGCGGGGUAGUGAGAUCAACCGCAUCUUCAAAGAAAACAAAUCCAUCUUGAACGAACGGAGGAAAAGGGCCAGCGAGACCACACAGCGCAUCAAUGCCAUCAAGCGGGAGAUCGACAUGACCAAAGAGGCACUCAAUUUACAGAAAUCACUACGAGAGAAGCAAGGCGAGUAUGAGAACAAAGGGCUGAUGAUCAUCGAUGAGGAGGAAUUCCUGCUGAUUCUGAAGCUCAAAGACCUCAAGAAGCAGUACCGGACGGAGCAUCAGGACCUCCGUGACCUCAGGGCUGAGGUCCAGUACUGCCAGCACCUGGUGGACCAGUGUCGACACCGCCUGCUCACAGAAUUUGACAUCUGGUACAAUGAGUCCUUCUUCGUCCCCGAGGACCUGCAGAUGGCACUGAAGCCGGGUGGUGGCAUCCGGCCAGGCAUGAUGCCUCUCAGCAAGAUUGUGUCUCUGGGAGAAGACGACCAGGACAGGUUCGGCCAGCUGCAGCAGACGACGCUGCCCGAGGGCCCUGACUCUGUCUCCUUCUACAAUGCCAAAGUCAAGAUGGAACAGAAGCACAAUUAUGUGAAAACCAUGAUGGGCCUCCAGCAGGCACACAGAAAAUAGGGACUCACGGCCAGUGCAUUGAAGGAU